AUCGCUCAGAGAGAGAGAGAGAGAGUGAGCAGCAACAACACUUUGUUGCUCGCUGCUGCUCGCAGUCCUGCUGGAACUUUCCUCCCCUCUCCCUCAACAUGUCCUAAAUUGGAAAGAGCCUCUGCUGGUCAGAGAUCGCCUCAAGUGUCCGCCGCUGGCAGAUGGGAGGCGGCGGCGGCGGCGGCAGCUGAAGUCGGCCCAACCCCCUUCCGAGAUGGCCGCCCAUCCUCUUGCCGGCCCUCUCCGUUCUUCCUCAGCCGUGACCAGACCGGAGCCGAGCGCCGCGUUACCAUGGUGAUCAUACUCUCCAAAAGCCUGGAAAAGAAGAAGGGUGUCAAUGAUGUAAGGCCCGACAGCACCGAGAGACGGCCGCGUGAGCUCCACACCAUGAGCAGAGGCACCACCCUCUUCUCUUGUGGAACUGCUGAGGCAGACAGAUGGCUGAACCCAGGACGAAGCUUCCAGUCGGGCACCAGCCUGGAGAGCCUGUGGGACGUGAUGCCCGAGCCGGGCGGCCGCCCCUGGCCCAAAGAGCCGGGCCCUGCCACCGCCAUCACCAGCCUGAUAAGCGAUCUGAACCUGGGUGACGCCUCCGCGACCGAAGCCCACGCCCCCUCCACAGCCACUUCACGCUACACCACUACCGCCGCCAGCCAAGCCCCGGCGGCGCCCCCAAGCAAGCGCCAGUGUCGCUCGCUCUCCUUUUCAGACGAAUUUGGCGGCUUUCGCUCGUCGUGGCGGCCUCAGGGCUCCAGAGUGUGGACGGCGGUGGAGAAACGACGGUGCCACAGCGGCGGCAGCGUGCGUGCUGGCGGUCAUUUCCCCGCCAUGCAGCGUAGCUCCAGCUUCAGUUUUCCUUCAUGCUCCGGCAUCCCCACAGACGGACCCUUGGACCUGCCCUUCUUCAGCCAGCGACUGCCCGUCCACCCUCACUUCACCGCCUCCCCGGUCUCUCCGCCGCGGUCCGGCCACGUCCUCAGACCCCUCUCCCUCUCCCACGAGAGAAUCAGCCUCCCCGAACUCCAGAGAGAGGAGGCCUCAGAGGCCAGCUCUCCGGACUCCACCCCAGAACUGGGGCGGCGGUGCGGCCAGAGACGCGGCGGGAAGGGCUGUCUCUCUCGGAGCAGGUCGCAGCCUUGUGUGCUGAACGACAAAAAGAUCGGGAUGAAGCGGAGACGGCCCGAGGACGCUCAGGAGCCACGGCCCUCUUUGGACUUGGCAAAGAUGACUCAGCAACUUCAGACUUUCCAGAGCUUGAGUUGCCCCGGCUUUUCCUUCUUCGACAGCUGCCAAUCAAGCCCGCCGGCGUCGAACCCGCCCGCCGGCCGACCCGACGCGGGAUUCACCGCCGUGUCCGAGCUGGGACUGGAGCCCCGGCUUGAAGCGCCGGGAGACGAGGAGGAUUCUUCCGACGAGGAACUGGAUAGCGACUCGGCCUGUAGCGUGGAAUCGCCGUCCGGGUCGCCCGUGCCGGGUCACCUCGACCUCUGGGAGGGCGACUGCGGCGCCAACAGGGACAUUUUCCAGCUCGGGGGAGAGCUGGAUCUUGAGCAGAUUGAGAGGAACUGAACCUUGGAGGACUACGUCCGGAAUGGACUUUGCGACGGGGUAAGGACGAUGACCGCGACCGCUAGAAAGGUAUUUGCCUCGGACUCUGACUGUCUUUAGUUGUUUUUAUCGGGGUUUGCUCCGGAGAGUAAACGUGGGGGUUAGUCUUAAAGAAAAACAAAAAAAGAAAAAUCCCCCAGCUGUCUUCCGACCUGGUCACCCUUCCAGCGUCUUGUCGCUUCUGGUUUUUGUACGGCCCAAAGUAGGCGCAGGACCAUGGACCUUUCUCUCGGACUUUGCUGAAUGUAGACUGGAUGAGCUUUACGGGUUCACAUGGACGUCACGAUUCCAAAGUGGACUCCGGCAAUACGACUUCAUCCAUUCACCCCGAUGGCCUUAUUAACCUGGACGCCAUAUUCACAGCACAUAGUCCUGCUCAAAAGUUUACAUACACGUGUAAAGAACAUCAUGUCAUGGCUGUCUUGAGUUUCCGGUCAUUUCUACAACUCUUAUUAGAGAUGUCCGAUAAUAUCGGACGAUAAAUGCUUUCAAAUGUAAUAUCGGAAAUUAUCGGUAUCGGUUUGCAAAAGUAAAAUGUAUGACUUUUUAAAACGCCGCUGUACUGAGUGGUACCCGGACGUAGGGAGGAGUCCAGAGCAGUUGUGUCCCCCAGUCAUACUUGCCAACCCUCCCCAUUUUCCUGGGAGUCUCCCCAAUUUCAAUGCCCCUCCCGAAAAUCUCCCGGGGCGACCAUACUCCCCAAUUUCUCCCGAUUUCCACCCGGGCAACAUCAUUGGAGGCACUGCCGAUUACAUAAUAUCCACGGCUUUUCACACACACAAGUGAAUGCAACGCAUACUUGGUCAACAGCCAUACAGGUCACACUGAGGGUGGCCGUAUAAACGACUUGAACGUUGUUACAAAUAUGCGCCACACUGUGAACCCACACCUAACAAGAAUGACAAACACAUUUCGGGAGAACAUCCGCUGUAUACUAAUAAAGAAUAGUUAAAACUGCAAGCAGCGAUGGACAGGACUGACUUUUGCUGGUGUUUCCUGCCUUUAUCCCUUCAACAUAUCUUUACCUGCACAUUACCUACAUUCCCUGCAUCCCGGGGUCACACUGGUGCUUCUUUCUUUCACCCAUACACGCUAGUGCUUCCUGCCAUCACUCAGACAACAUAUCUUUACCUGCACAUUACCUACCUUCUCUGUAUCAUGGAGUCAAACUGGUGCCUCCUUCUUUCAUCCAGUCAACAUAUCUUUACCCGCACAGUAUCUACCUUCUCUGCAUUGUGUGGUCACGCUGGUGCUUCCUGCUUUUAAGCGGCCAUCUUGAGACGGCAGCAGCGCAUCAGCAUCAGCGUAGCGGUUCUUUGAAGGCUUGUAAAAUCAAAACCGGAGCAGUUAUUAAAACUCUUUUCUCAACUUUUAAUCAGAAGGGUUCAAUCUCUCUCCUGUGCGAGUUUGAAGCCGACACAACAAACGCGCUCAGAGAAGAUAAUGUUUGAAAAAAGGUGACGGGUUUUUACAAAACUUUGGUUUUGACGGGGUAAUUGCCAACUUCCUGAUGAGUUUUGCUGAAGGAUAUAAAUUAAUGAUAUGUAGGUCUAAGUGAGACCUACAUAGAAGUUUUUGUUUCAUGUAUCUACGACAUUCCUACCGGAAGUUAGAAGCAGUUUUGUCCGUUUUUUCUUCCUAGGAGCAGUUUUGUCUGUUUUCUUCCUAGGGGGCGCUAGAGCGCAAUUUUGAGUUUUUUUUGUUUUUUUUUUAGAUCGCAAUUUUCGCCAGUCCUGAUGUGUGUGUCCAGUUUGGUGAGUUUUGAAGCAUUUUAAGGGGGUCAAAUUACAGCUCAAAGAGGCAAAAAUGACAUUUUUUAGGAAACCUUUGUUUUGAAGGGUUUUUUGCCAACUUCCUGUUGAUUUUUGCUGAAGGAGGUCAGUGUAUGAAAUCUAGGUGUAAGUCAGACCUACAUAGAGGUUUUUGUUUCAUGUCUCUACGACGUUCCAAACGGAAGUUACAAGCAGUUUUGUCUGUGUUUUUUCCUAGGGGGCGCUAGAGCGCAAUUUAGAGGUUUUUUUUUUUUGUUUGUUUGUUUUUUUUUUAAGAUCGCAAUUUUCGCCAGUCCUGAUGUGUGUGUCCAGUUUGGUGAGUUUUGAAGCAUUUUAAGGGGGUCAAUUACAGCUCAAAGAGGCAAAAAUGACAUUUUUUAGGAAACUUUUGUUUUGAAGGGGUUUUUGCCAACUUCCUGUUGAUUUUUGUUGAAGGAGGUCAGUGUAUGAAAUCUAGGUGUAAGUCAGACCUACAUAGAGGUUUUUGUUUCAUGUCUCUACGACAUUCCAAACGGAAGUUACAAGCAGUUUUGUCUGUGUUUUUUCCUAGGGGGCGCCAGAGCGCAAUUUUGAGUUUUGGGGUUUGUUUGUUUUUUCAUUAGAUUGCAAUUUUGGUGAGUUUUGAAGCAUGUUAAGGGGGUCAAAUAAGAGCUAAAAGAGGCGGCGGAAUAAUAAUAAUAAAACCUUAGAAAUUCAAUAGGGUUCUCUGUCCCAAAGGGACAUCGGUCCCUAAAUAUAUCGGUGCCAUGUUGGCAUUUUUUUUCCAUAACUUGAGUUGAUUUAUUUUGUAAAACCUUGUUACAUUGUUUAAUGCAUCCAGCGGGGCAUCACAACAACAUUAGGCAUAAUAUUGUAUUAAGUCCACCACUGUAUGUAUCGGUUGAUAUCGGAAUCGGUCAUAAAGAGUCGGACAAUAUCGGAAUAUCGGCAAAAAAGCCAUUAUCCGACAUCUCUAAUUCUUACUUUUUUGUGAUGUAGUGAUUGGAGCACAUACUUGUUGGUCACAACAAAAAAAACAUUCUUGAAGUUUUCUUCUUUUCUGAAUUUAUUAUGGCUCUGCUGAGAAAUAUGAGCGAAAGUGCUGGGUCGAAAGUAUACGUACAGCAAUGUUAACUAACCCCCGGGUAACGUUUACGUUGUUGUUACUCAGCCAGCGUUUGUGGGUCGGAUGGAGCCUUGCAUUUUUGUGGCUUUUAAUGCCUCAGAAUCAAACACUUUUACGUUAAAAUACUGAACAGAUGUUCACUUUAUCCCGGAAGCAAACUUCAUUGUGAACAACAAGUGUGUGCUCCAAUCACUACAUCACAAGCAAAAUAAGAGUUGUAGAAAUGAUUGGCGACUCAAGACAGCCAUGACAUGAUGUUCUUUUCAAGUGUACGUAAACUUUUGACCAGGACUGUACAUGUGGAAGAGUUUUGGAUAUCAGGUAUGACACAAAUGUCCUGCUCGUCCUUUUGUGUCGCCAGCCAGUUUAAACAAUGGCCUUCUGUACACUGACUACUCUAAAGGAUAUCCAAGGUAGCACGGUCCCUGGAGGAGAGAGUCCAAUAAAAAAGGCUUGCUAAGUCAAAUGCACUCAAUGUUGUGUUGGUACAGAGACAUGAGGAGAGGCAAUAUGAGAUUAUGGAGGUGUUAUUCCCUAAUCACAUUCUCGAGUUUCUUAUAUGCAAAUUGUAUAUUUCAAUUUAACACACAGAAUCUCUCCGAUUAUUAGUUCUGAUAUGAUAAUGUUUAUUUUUCUAAGUGACUCUUUUUUUUUUUGUGUAACGGAGCGAGAGCUGGCAGGCUUUCUUCUUACAGAACCGACAUGGAAAUAAAUCUCCAUUUGCUACCGA